UUCAUUCGUCCAUCCAUCCACAAAUCAACUUGUUCAACCAAUCUCUGUUUUACGUAUAUAUGCACCAAUUUAAAGUUGCACAAAAAUUAAACCACCCAUUCAUUGAAUUCGAUCUAGCUCCUCUUCGAUCGUCUGAUAACUAACUAGUUAAGACAAGACGACGAAGCUGCUGCUGCUGAUGAUGAGUUCCAGGUCGGCAACUUUGCUGACGGUGGUGGUUGUGGCGGCGGUGGCAGUUCUCUGCCUCAUGUCGACAUCAGCGGAGGGCCUCCCCAUGCCGACCGGAGUAGCGGGAGCAGCAGACGAGGCGGCAUCAGGCGCCGCGGCCAAAGCAAAGGAACUGUUCACCAAGUAUGGCCGAGACGUCUCCAACGAGGCGUUGCAACAGACACAGGAAGCUACCAAGUCGUCGGCCCCUCAUCUCGCUGCUGCAGGCCCAACCCAGCAACUGCUUGGGACCUGCUGCAUUCUGCUCCUCCUUUCCUUUCUGCUUUAUGCCAUCUAGUCAUACUUCAUUAAUGAAUGAAUGAAUGAAUCUCUAUAUAUAAAAUAUGUAUCUGCUUAAUUAGUUUGCUAAUUGCUUGCUUUCUCUCCUCUUUCUCUCAAUAAAAAUUCCUUGUCUGG